UCAGGGGGUGUGGUGGGAGCCAGCUCCUGGGAAUGGCUUUUCCUUCCUCCAGGACCCUAGGACAGGACUGCACUCACCCUGGGAACGGGAUCUUGGUUCCUUAGUAGCUGCUGCAGCCCCUCCCCCACACCUGACUCACUGUCUGGCACUUUUCUUGGACUCUUCAGCUAUCUUUCAUUCCCUUUUUUGACUUGGCCUCCUGUCUGCAGCGUGGUCUUCCUGUCUCUGCCAUCUUCCAGCCUCUGGAGCCCAGGUGGCACCCUUCUCUCCCUCCGUCUCCUCACACCCAGCCAAGGGUCCAGCACCCACUCAUGCCUGAGGCUAGCCUUCCCGGAACUCUGGCUUCGCCUGCCGCUGUGGAUGUUAACACUCGUUAACACUCUUUAGCCUGAGUUCUUAUCUUGGCUGCACUUGACUGUGGCUCUGUGUCCAGUCCGCUCGCUUAACUCUCCGGGAACCCGGAGCCUCUGAGAAGCCAUCACGCACUUGCCUGCAGCCUGAGUCCCUUCUGUCCUCAGAGCCACCUUUGAACACUGUUCUUCCUCAGCCAGCUCUGACCUGGCUGGGGGAUGGGCAUGGUGUCUCCUCCUUGAAUUAGCUUUCAGGGACAGGAGGAAGUCCCUAAGACCUCUAGGCAAAAGGACUCUGUGUGGCUGCCCUGCCCGUUGGCUGGGGUCUCCCUCUCUGCCGGCCUUCUUAGGGCCAUGCAGCGGUAGCCUGGCCUCCUGUGAGGGAGAGGCCGUUACACAGUGGUUAGAUAAGAGGUGCAGUGAGGAAAGUCCAGGGUCUGCGAGAGCAGCCAGUCUGGACCGCUGUAACAAAACACCGCAGACUGGGUCGCUUAAACAAAAGGCGUGUUUCUUGUUUCAGGAGGUUGGGGCAUCUGAAAUCAAGGCCCCAGCCUGAUGAAGGUUCCCCUCCUGGUUUGUAGAUGGGCACUGUCCUGCUGUUCCUUUAUGACAGGGGCUGUCUGUCCUCAGCUUCUAGAGACCCUACAUACCACCAUGGCUGGGCUACUGAAGAGGAAGUUUGACCAGCUGGAGGAGGAUGAUGCUAGCUCCUCCUCCUUGUCCUCUGGCAGUCUGUCUCUCUCUUCCUCCCCUGGCUCUUCUGUCGACCCUGCCUGGAACUCAGAUGAGGAGGGACCGUGUGGCCCCCCAUCCCGGCCUGAUCAGGACUCCUUCAGCCCCCAAAGUUUCACUCCCCCAUCCAUCCUGAAGCGAGCUCGGCGGCAGCGUCGGGGCCGAGUGGCCUUUGAUGGCAUCACUGUCUACUAUUUCCCCCGGUGUCAGGGCUUCACCAGUGUGCCCAGCCGCGGUGGCUGCACCUUGGGCAUGGCUUCUCGCCACAGCGCCUGCCGCCUCUUCUCCUUAGCCGAGUUUACACAGGAGCAGGCCCGGGCUCGGCGUGAGAAGCUCCGUCAGCGCCUGAAGGAGGAGAAACUGGAGGCGCUGAGGUGGAAGCUGUCGGUGGCCGGCGUUCCGGAGACAGGGGCGCGCGUGCCCCUCACGGUGGACGCCAUCGACGACGCCUCUGUGGAGGAGGGCUUGGCGGUGGCCGUGGCGGGCGGCCGCCUGGAGGAGGUGAAUUUCCUGCAGCCCCAUCCGCCUCGGCAGCGCCGGGCCCUGCUCCGCGCCUCCGGCGUGCGGAGGAUCGACGGGGAGGAGAAGAGGGAGCUGCAGGCGCUGCGCCAGUCCCGGGAGGACUGCGGCUGCCACUGUGACGGAGUCUGUGACCCCGAGACCUGCAGUUGCAGCCUGGCGGGCAUCAAGUGCCAGAUGGAUCACACAUCGUUCCCCUGUGGCUGCUGUAGUGAGGGCUGCGAGAACCCCAACGGUCGAGUGGAGUUCAAUCAGGCCAGGGUUCAGACACACUUCAUCCAUACCCUCACCCGCCUGCAGAUGGAGCAGGGAGCCGAGAGCCUGGGGGGCGCUGAGUGCCCGGUGCGGGACAGUCCUGCUGAGCAAGCCUUGGCUUCGCCCUUUCCGCUGGCCACGCCGCCGGUGAGCAGCGAGCUGGAGGGCAACAGCUGCAGCAGCGACAUGACAGAUUCGUCCACGUCCUCGUCCUCCGGCAGCGGCGAGUCUCCAGACGGCCUUGCCCCCCCCAGCCUCGCAGCUCCCAGCUUCCGGUCUGACGUCGAUGAGGACAGCCUGGUACAGAUCCUGAAUUUCAGCGACUCUGACCUGGGAGUCGAGGAGGAACAGGAGGAGGGAAGGGGCAUGGACGGCUUGGAUAACCUCAGCUGCUUCCAUCUGGCUGACAUCUUUGGUGCCGGUGACCCCGGCAGCCUGGCCAGCUGGACUCACAGCCAGUCUGGCUCAAGCCUUGCAUCAGGCAUCCUAGAUGAGAAUGCCAACCUGGAUGCCAGCUGCUUCCUAAACAGCGGACUUCAGGGGUUGAGAGAAGGCAGCCUCCCUGGCAUUGCCGAGUCCCCUGGGGUGGAGGCUGCCCAGAGCAGCUCUGGGGACCUCAGUUUAUCUUCCUGUGACUCCUUUGAACUGCUGCAGGCCCUGCCAGAUUACAGUCUGGGACCCCACUAUACUUCCCGAAGGGUAUCGGGCAGCCUGGACAGCCUUGAGGCCCCCCACCCUUUGUCCAGCCUCUCUCCACCGAGGGAUGCUAGCACUUGCUUCCUGGAGUCUCUCAUGGGCCUGUCGGAGCCGGUUCCUGACGUCCUGGCACCCCUUUUGGAGAGCCAGUUUGAGGACACUACCUUGGCACCUUUGGUGGAGCCUGUGCCCGUGUAAGGACUGAGGUGCCUUUUGCCUGUCCCCAGAGCCCCAGUUGCUUCUUGUGUGAUUUGGGGGUUCCCCAAGGUCUGUGUAUGUAACGGUCUCCCAUGGGCGGGUCCUAGCCAUGGGUGCUACGUGGACACCCUCUAUUUUUACAUUAACACUCUAAAUUUAUUUAUUUUAACUUUUUAUUUUUAUUUUCUGUACUGAAGGAAGGGUGGGAAGGGGGUACCCCUCUUUCAAUACCUAGUCUCUCGCUAUCCAAACAGGUCUUCCACCUCCCACUGUGUGCCCAUAGGAGGGGGCAGGGCUCUCUUGGAGCCUCACACACCUUCCUUUACUGUAAGAUGCUCCUUGGCCCAAAGGCAGCACCAGAGGGGAGCAGGCCCUUACAGCUUCCUGUGAACCACGCGAGCUGAUCUGGACUGUGAAGAUGUAAUUUAUUUCUGUAAUUUAUUUGGGGACUGAGGCAGCAGUGCCUGGACCCCUCUGGCGGGUGGGUAGUGUCGGGGCCCAGUCCCUUCAGUGUAUGCGGCCAGUCUGGGCUUUGGUGUGGCCAUGUGCAUUUGGGCCUGUGGUCUCCUCUGAGCAGGCGGAGAAUGUGCUUGACCAGCUGUGACCCCCCCCCCCCCCCCCCCCCGCCAGCCACUCUGCUUGCCCUUCGGCCAGUUCGCUUUCCCCUGAGGCCAUGGCUUAUAAAUCCCUCCUGUAGGGUGGAGAGCCAGAGACCCCAAGAGGGGCAACAGGCUUGCCUCAGGACGUGAAGCACCCCCGAGAUCACUGUCUCGGGCCCUCUGGGCACUGAGUCCAUCCUGGCCUGUUGGCAAGGGGUUGGCUCUUGAGGGCUUUUAUGCCCUUCAUUAGCUGAUGUUGGAUUUUGUAUGCAUUUUUAUAUUGUCUCGAAGUGUCAGAAGUAUAAUUUAUUCAUUUCUUUGUGUGUGUGUGUGCCAAGAAACGCAGGCUCUGGGCCUGCCUCCUUGCCCAGGAGGAGGCCUUGCCAGCCUGUGUGCUUGUGGGAACACAUCGUACCUGAGCUGACAGGUACCAAUAAAGAUGCUGUUUUUAA